AUGACUUCCUUUUAAAUUAACGAGAUAAUUUGCUAAUACUCAAAUAAAAAUUAUUUAAACAAUAUGCACUAAACCGACCCCAGAUAAUAACAGCCUUUCCAAAUGAACAACAUCUACUAAGGUUCACCCAUUUAGAGUCAAUACCUUUAAUCUCCAGGCAUCCCAUAGCAAUAUUAGCAAUCUCCUCAAAAUCCAAUAAUUCAAUCCCCACAAACCUAUUAGCCCCAAUAAUAGUUUAGCUCCCCCUACUAGAUCCCCCAAUCAUAGCAAUUUCUUUAGCAACCCCAAAUAAGACAACCUCAACUACCUGUAUAAUAGAACCCAAUUCUGCCUGUUACUUCUCAACCCUUCAUUCCUGCUCGAUAACAAAGUCCCAUCAACAUCAGACCCUCCUAUCAACCAGUUACUGUCCAAGUUGCCCCUCCCGUUCAACAAGUGAUCUUGCAAUAACCAGCUGUUCAACCCUAAACCCAGGUCCAAGAGUUCAGACAUGUCGAAAGACCACUCUAAGUCAUCACAGUAGAUGAAAUCGAAGCUCCCUGGAGACUGAAAUGUGCCACUCUAGAGAGACAGAUCUUGGAAUUAUAGAUAUAAAUAAGAAAGAACAAUGGAACUAUUGUUGAAGAGACAGUUUAAGAAAUAUAAGAUGAUACUAAAGUGAAAAACCUAGAACUCUAAAAAUUGGAGUUAGAAUAAAAAAUUCAUGAAGAUGAACAAUUGAUGGAUGAAUUGAGAAAUAGACUUGAGGAAUUGAGACAGGAAUAUGAAAUAAUCAUCACUGAAAAAGUUACUUAUGCAUCAAAUGAAGUUGAAACUUGGAUGAAGAAGUAUGGCAAUUUAGAGAAGAACUACGCUGAAAGCACACAAAAAAUAGCAGACUUAAAGAGACAAUUGGCACAGGUUGAAGCUGCUGACAAAGCCAUGCAAGAGUAAAAGAAAUCUGAAGUUCGCACAGAAGUCCGUAGAAGUUCUAAACUCUAUUGA